CGAAGGCUCCGGUCUGAACGCGCCGGCGUGGUGCGGGAACUGUGCGCACAGCCGGGCCAGGUGGUGGCCCCCGGAGCCCUUCUGGUGAGAUUGGAAGGAUGUAGCCACCCAGUUGUCAUGAAGGGCCUUUGUGCUGAAUGUGGCCAGGACUUAACCCAACUGCAGAGUAAGAAUGGGAAACAGCAGAUGCCACUAUCUACAGCAACUGUGUCCAUGGUCCACAGUGUGCCAGAGUUAAUGGUGAGCUCUGAGCAAGCCGAAAAACUAGGAAAGGAAGAUCAGCAACGACUACAUCGAAACAGAAAACUGGUCCUCAUGGUUGAUUUGGACCAGACUCUAAUCCACACAACAGAGCAGCACUGUCCACAGAUGUCAAACAAAGGCAUUUUUCACUUCCAGCUGGGCCGGGGUGAGCCAAUGCUGCACACCCGGCUGCAUCCUCACUGCAAGGACUUCUUGGAGAAGAUUGCCAAACUGUAUGAGCUGCAUGUCUUCACUUUUGGCAGCCGGCUAUAUGCACAUACCAUCGCAGGCUUUUUAGACCCUGAAAAGAAGCUUUUUUCUCAUCGAAUAUUGUCACGGGAUGAAUGUAUUGACCCGUUUUCUAAAACAGGAAACCUUAAAAAUCUCUUUCCUUGUGGAGACUCAAUGGUUUGCAUUAUUGAUGACCGAGAAGAUGUCUGGAAGUUUGCCCCCAACCUGAUAACUGUGAAGAAAUAUGUGUACUUCCCAGGCACAGGUGAUGUGAAUGCACCCCCUGGGUCCCGGGAAUCUCAGAUGAGAAAGAAAGUAAAUCAUUCUUCUAAAGAUGCUGAUGUCUUGGAACAAGUUCCACCUGUGAAAGACCCUGAGGAAGGCAGACACAUUCCUGGGGUGGAGCAGAGCAAUGGCCUUGGGAAACCUGCUCGAGAGCUAAAUGGUGGUGAGGUUGUGCCAGGGGCUUCUGUUAAGGCAGAUGAGAGGGACUCCUGGCCCCCUGCUCAGGCCCCCUCCUCCAUCAACCCCAGCAAUUGUGUGCUGGCAGAUAUUCCUGAGUCCCAGGCAUCUUGUGAACAGGGUGGUGAGACCUCACCAGGGGCACAGCCCCCUCAGGGGACCUCUGGCACAGAUUUGGAUUUUGACUUGUCCAGUGACAGUGAAAGCAGUGAGUCAGAAGGUCAGAAGUCCUCCUCCAUCUUUGAUGGGGAAAGUGAGGGGAAGAGAGGCCGGGAAAAGGCUCCAGCCACCCAAGAUGGAGCAAGAAUACUGCAGCAGGGAAAUACCCCUGAUACGAGCAGAGGAAAACUUGCAGGAGCUGUGCCCCUUGGAGAGUCUGGGGCUGGAGUCCCUGUAAUCAACAAAGGGCCAGACCUGGACGUGCAGGAGGAGGGUGAGCGAGAUGGCCUCUGUGGGCUGGGCAAUGGCUGUGUGGACAAGAAGGAGGCUGAGACGGAGUCACAGAACAGCGAGCAGUCAGGGAUCACUGCAGGCGAGUCCUUGGACCAGAGUGUAGAGGAGGAAGAGGAGGACACAGACGAUGAUGACCACCUGAUACACCUUGAGGAGAUCCUUGUGCGGGUGCACACUGAUUAUUACACAAAAUAUGAUAGGUACCUCAACAAGGAGCUCGAGGAAGCUCCAGAUAUACGUAAGAUAGUUCCUGAACUCAAGAGUAAGGUUCUGGCGGACGUGACUGUGAUAUUCAGUGGCCUUCAUCCAACGAACUUUCCAGUAGAGAAAACUCGGGAGUACUACCAUGCCACAGCCCUAGGUGCCAAGGUCCUGACCCAGCUGGUAAUGAGCCCUGAUGCUCGUGACAGGGCCACCCAUGUGAUUGCGGCACGGGCUGGCACAGAGAAGGUGCGCCAGGCACAGGAGUGCAGGCACUUGCAUGUGGUCAGCCCUGACUGGCUGUGGAGCUGCCUGGAGCGCUGGGACAAGGUGGAGGAACAACUCUUCCCCCUCGCCGAUGACGAUACCCGGGCAAACAGAGAGAACAGUCCAGCAACUUUUCCUGACAGGCAGAACGUGCUUCCAACCGCCUUAUUUCACCCAACACCCAUCCAUCCCAAGGCCCAGCCUGGUCCCGAGGUCCGAAUCUAUGAUUCCAACACUGGAAAGCUCAUCAGAAUGGGUGUUCAGGGCUCCGUGCCAGGGCCCCCCAGUUCCCUGCCUAUCCACAGGGAGCCCACCUCCUUCAGGUUGAUGACAUCCUUGGAGAAGGCAGUGAUGAGAGUGACAGCGAGAAGAAGAAGCCAGAAGAACAGGAUGAUGACCAGGAAAGGGCACCUCGGCCCAGGAAGCCCAAGGCACCGGGAGCCCACAGGGAACAACCUCUUGGGUCCACCUCAUCCAGUGAGAGGAGUGCUGUAGGCAUCCGCAGUACCAGGUAGAAGACCCAUGUUACA